UCUGGCAAGCUGAGGCUUAGGAGGGAGUCAAUGAAGGGGGCAGCAGACUCUGAUGGGGGGAGUGUAGAAGAACUAGAAGAGAAUGAUGCCGGAAAACAUGCCAAAACUAAAAGGGGAGGACGUUCAAGGUAUCCUUUCUUUCCAGAAGAGGGUCAAAGGAUAAAUAUUCUGAAGACCUGAAGGAUCGUGACAGCGGCACACUACGUCGAGGAUCAAAGGAGAGAUUUUCUGAAUCCAAGGAUGGAGAGAGCAAUAGUCUCCGUUGGCGGUCAAAGGAGGGAUUUUUGGAUGAAGACUUCGCAAAGAAAGGGGUAGAUGUCUUCUCUGCAGAUUACGAAGAUAAGGAGAAUUACAUGGAGCACGGCAAGCCGAAGAAAUCAUUCAAAUUCAAGAUGCCCCUUGUGCAUCGCAGAGGAUCUAAGGAUCGAUUUUCAGCUGACCAUCUUGAGAAAGCUUCAGGCCUACAUUUGCCUCAACAUAGAGCGAAUGUAUAAUUUUCUUAUCUGUGUGUUUGUAAACAAAAAGAGCCAUAUAUUGGUGUACAAAAUCUGUGUUGACAUAUUCCUGUGGUGUGUUUUCCAGGAGGGCUUGCUAGAUGAUGACUUUCCUCAGAAGGAAGAAGGAUUCAUAUCUCCAGGGGAGAAUGAAGAUGAAGAACAUAAUGGGAUGGAAUACUCCAAACAGGCCGUGGGUUUGGAUGAGAACUCUGAAGAGGAGGCAGAGGAACGUGAUGGGAUGGGUGGAUUUAAAAAAAGUAAACGAGUCAAAAUUAAGUUUGUGCCUCACAGAGGGUUCGCAAUCUGCCUCGAAAAGGAUGAACCAACAGGCGCUCAUGGAUACACACCUCGUAGAGGUUCAAAGAUGAUUCAUGAGAAACCUCUUGAUGAAUUUAAAGGUGCCCAUGGUUAUACACCCCGCAAGGAGUCCAAGGUUAAUAUUUUUGAGGAAACAGACGAAGUGAAAAGCUACACCCCGCAGUCACACCCCAAGCAGAGCUUUUUGGAUGAUUACUUACCUCAGAAGGGGGCAGGUUUCUCCUCAGCAGGAGAGGUAGAAGAAUAUCAACAGAAUGUGAUGGAAGACUGCAAACCGAAGAAACCAUUCAAAUUAAAAGUCCUUCAUAUGAAUCGUCGGAAAUCUGGGAGUGCUGAGGAGAAUUCUCGGACUAGUGGUACACAACAGUACUCCCCACAAAGGAGAUCAGAGGAGGGCUUUCUGGACAGUGAUGUGCCUCAGAAGGGAGCAGAUCUCUUCUAUGCUGGACAGAUAGAAGAUGAACAGAAUGAGAUGGAAGACUGGAAACCGAAGAAACCAUCGAAAUUUAAGAACCAACUUGCAAGUCGGCGCAAGUCAAACCAAAUCCAGGAAACAUUUCUAUAUGAAAAGUCACAGAUUGGUUCAGAGCGCUACACACCUCGACGAGCAUCCCAUGAGGGCUUUCUGGAUGAUGACACUUCUCGGAGGAGGUCAGAUCUCUUCUCAGCAGGAGGGAACGGAGAUGAUUAUGGACAGGAUGAUAUAGAAGACUGCAAACCAAAAUCAUUCAAAUUUAAAGCCCCUCAUAAGCAUCGCAAAGAAACUAAGGUAAUUGUGUGUGUGGGUGGUGUUACUGCCAUAUGUUUACUGAUGUUUGUGUUGGUUUCUCUCUCACUCACUCACUCACUCACUCAGACUAAAGCGAGAGAUGGAAGGAUGACCGAGUACCCACCAGGAGCUACAUCUAGUGACUACUACUUUUCAGAGGCUGCAGAGGCUGAGUGGCGUUCUGCUCAGAUUGACGAACAGCUUGCAGAAGGUCUGGAGGAUGAGGAGGAGGAAGAGGGGGACACUGACAGCUUGAUGGAGUGGUGGAACACUGUGGAACAAUGGGAUGAGCUGCCUUCAGAUGAUGAAGACAAGACGGUGAAGGACGAUGAGACUAGGUCAUUCACCCUACUGGCGGAGAAGGUGCACCGCGGCCUGAGUGUCUUCAACAAGGUGUUCACGGAGCGUGCCGAGGUCCUCUGGCAGUACGUCAUCAAGCUCUAUGCCCUCGCCGACGACAUCACCUCCUUCCAUAAGAAGGCCAAGAUCGGCAACAUCACCGGCGGCACCACCGCCGCCGUCGGGGGAGGUGCGGCCAUCGUCGGCCUGGCCCUUGCCCCCUUCACCUUCGGCGCCUCGCUCAUCAUCACGGCUGUGGGCGUCGGAGUGGCGGCGGCCGGCGGGAUCACGUCGGCCUCGGCAACCAUCUCGGACAACGUGAACAACAUGCAGGACAGGAAGAAAGUGGAGGUGGUUCUGGAGGAUUAUGAGGCGAGAAUGGAGGAGUUGGUGAAGAUCUUGAGGUUCGUGUGCCAGGGGCUGUAUAGACUCAGGGGGCAUCCUCUCCUCCGGAGAGGAACCCAGCACUACUCUGGAGACUGGGAGGUCCGCAGGGCCGUUCAAAUGGUCAGCCUAGUGGAUAGACCUGUGUUGAGGGCCACAGAGGUAACAGAAGGAGCUGCUGUGGCCCUCAGGGGCCUCUUCAAAGGAAUGGAUAAAUAUUUCACCAAGGACUCUCGUGAGCUAAAGAAAGGGUUUAAGAAAGAGGUGGUGUUUAAGAUUAGGCAGGUAGCUCAGGUGCUGCACGAGAGCCUGGUGGAGCUGAAUGCUAUCAGGGAGGAGCUGCAGGAUGCUAAUGGAAAUAUAUGAAACAGUUCAACUCCCACAAUGCAACGUGUCUUAUGCAACUCACGCCCCCCCUCUACCGUCCAAACUGAGUUUUGUGGGAGUUUGUUUGUUUUCAAGAUCUUUUAGAUUUUUUUUUUUUUUUACAUAAACCUAACAAGGAUUUUCCCAACUUUCCUGUUCCUCUUUAAACGAAAAGGAGAAACUGAACAUUUGCCUGGUAAUAAAUGAAGUUACAAACUCUGAUUGCAUUCUGCAAUUUGGACAACUAUGCAGCAUAAUAAGCUUUUACUUACAAAGAACUUUUAUGUAUGACUUUACUGGAUUGUGAAGUAGUAGGCCUAAGAUCUUGAAUACGUGUUUAUAACUAGCUUAGGCUACACAUUCAGCGCUGUUUUUUAGGCACACAGAAAAUCACCUGACAACUCAUGACACUGGAUUUAGAGAUUUUGUUUUUCGCCACUGAUUGUUGCUUUGUAAAGCAUAUUUUCAAGUUAUUUCCUUUGUUAUUGUUCAUGUGAUAUAUCAUGUAGCCAUGGAUCUACUCUAGCUAUUCUUUUAAAACAGAGUAUAUAUUUCAACAUUUAAUAAAUAGGUUAUUUAUCCUGUAACCAAAUGAAAUGUGCAAUGUUGAUGAUAACUAAUAGCGUAAUGAGGCUGCUAUUGGAAUUGUGUUAAUAAAGAUAAUUAUGCAUUUGAA